UUUCCUUUCAUCCCCCUGCGGGCAACGGAGCAAUGAAAUUUCCAAUCGAGACGCCAAGAAAGCAGGUGAACUGGGAUCCUAAAGUGGCCGUGCCUGCAGCAGCCCCACCAGUGUGCCAGCCCAAGAGUGCCACUAACGGGCACCAUCCUGUUCCUCGACUCUCCAUUUCCUCCCGAGCCACGGUGGUAGCCAGGAUGGAAGGCGCCUCCCAGGGAGGCCUGCAAACAGUUAUGAAGUGGAAAACAGUGGUUGCCAUCUUUGUGGUGGUCGUGGUCUACCUCGUCACUGGUGGCCUUGUCUUCCGGGCAUUGGAACAGCCCUUUGAGAGCAGUCAGAAGAACACAAUCGCCUUGGAGAAGGCAGAAUUCUUGAGAGAUCAUAUCUGUGUGAGCCCCCAGGAACUGGAGACACUGAUCCAGCAUGCGCUCGAUGCUGAUAACGCGGGUGUCAGCCCGGUAGGAAACUCUUCCAACAGCAGCAGUCACUGGGACCUUGGAAGUGCCUUCUUCUUUGCUGGGACGGUCAUUACGACCAUAGGGUACGGGAAUAUUGCUCCGAGCACUGAAGGAGGCAAAAUCUUUUGUAUUUUAUAUGCCAUCUUUGGGAUCCCACUUUUUGGUUUCUUAUUGGCCGGAAUCGGAGACCAACUUGGAACCAUCUUUGGCAAAAGCAUUGCAAGAGUGGAAAAGGUUUUUCGAAAAAAGCAAGUGAGUCAGACCAAGAUCCGGGUCAUCUCAACUAUUCUCUUCAUCUUGGCUGGCUGCAUUGUGUUUGUGACAAUCCCUGCUGUCAUCUUUAAAUACAUUGAGGGCUGGACAGCCUUGGAGUCCAUCUACUUUGUGGUAGUCACUCUGACCACAGUGGGCUUUGGUGAUUUUGUUGCAGGGGGAAAUGCUGGCAUCAAUUACCGAGAGUGGUAUAAGCCUCUGGUGUGGUUUUGGAUCCUUGUUGGCCUGGCCUACUUUGCAGCUGUCCUCAGUAUGAUUGGAGACUGGCUGAGGGUUUUAUCCAAAAAGACAAAAGAAGAGGUUGGUGAGAUCAAAGCCCAUGCAGCUGAGUGGAAGGCUAAUGUCACUGCUGAGUUCCGGGAGACAAGAAGACGACUCAGUGUUGAGAUCCACGACAAGCUACAACGGGCAGCCACCAUCCGAAGUAUGGAGCGCCGGAGGCUGGGCUUGGACCAGAGGGCCCACUCGCUGGACAUGCUGUCCCCUGAGAAGCGCUCUGUCUUUGCAUCCCUGGAUACAGGCCGUUUCAAGGCCUCAUCCCAGGAGAGCAUCAACAACAGACCCAACAACCUACGCCUUAAGGGGCCAGAGCAGCUCAACAAACAUGGGCAGGGUGCGUCUGAGGACAACAUCAUCAACAAGUUUGGAUCCACCUCCAGACUCACAAAGAGGAAAAACAAAGAUCUCAAAAAGACCUUACCCGAGGAUGUCCAGAAAAUCUACAAAACCUUCCGGAAUUACUCUCUGGAUGAAGAGAAGAAAGAGGAUGAGACAGAAAAGAUGUGUAACUCAGACAACUCUAGCACAGCCAUGCUGACAGAGUGUAUACAGCAGCAAGCUGAGAUGGAGAACGGAGUGGUACCCACGGACACCAAAGACCAGGGGCUGGAGAACAAUUCUUUACUUGAAGACAGAAACUAAAUGUUAAAGACACUGAAGUUGGACUACGUGUUGUCUUGUUUUUGUUGUUUUGUUUUGUUUUGUUUUUGUCUUGUUUUGGUUUUAAUAUUCACACUGAGACACGUGCCUUAAAUAGACUUGUUAGUCCAAAAUUACAUAGCAUUGAAGAAUAUAUUUCACUGUGCCAUACACAACUGAAAGCUUGCUCUGCCAAAAUGAAUCAAAGAAGAGCUUCGUUUCAGAUAGUGGCGGCAGGACAGACGGGAGCAUUUGCACAGGUAGCAGGUGUCAGCUGUGCCUGUGAGGGAGUUCCAGUGGCAGUGCUAGAGUCCUCACACAGGGCCACUCUGGCACACAGGCAAGGGCAGCUUCCCCUCAGAUCAGCCUCUGAGAGGACAGGUUUGUCUUUUGAAUUGAGUCUCCUUUCCCGAACCAGCCCUUAGAGAUAGGUGGUGCACAGAAAGGGUGGCUGUUCGUGAGGGACCUGGUGACUCUAGCAAGGGUUUGAGUGGACAUUUUUUGACAGGCCACAGUGCAGAACACUUACUCCAAAAUGAAUGUCCUUGGGACCCAAAAGUACCUGGAAUUUGUUGGAAAACAGAUCAGAGCACACACGUUUUAUAAGGUGCAAUUGCUUUCUCAUAAAAAACAAAUCACAGACACAUCCUACUGUGGAUAUCUCCUUAACCAAUGACAGAGGUCCACUGAACUUUAUCCUUCUCAUGGGAUAGUGUAGGCAGGCUUGCAAGCACUGAUGAAUAUACCGCCUCAGCCGCUGCCUUGUUGGAAGGCAGAUCAUGCAUUUUUCUUCAGUGGGUGUGAAGGUUAAAAAACAACAACAACAACAAAAAACAAAACAAAAAAUGAAGACAAAAAACAAAAAAACAACCCCCCCCUGAUUUUGGAGCAUUCAUACUCACUUUUCUAUGGGAACUUCAAUUAUAACUUGUUUUGAUAGGAGGGAGGAGAUACCAAAAUUAUUGCCUUUGCAUGAUACCAGUGACUUGCUGUUCUGUC